UUGUUUGUUCCGUGUUAUCCCUUGGAAACGCAGACGCGCGUUGGCACACACGAGCAGUGUGGGUGCAAUAAUUGAGUAACAUGUAUGUCUACAUUUAUUUUGCAACGCGAGCGCACGCGACGCGGGUGGUGUAGUCAGCCUGUAACAAUAGCAUGCAUUUGUUUAGGAUUAUUGCAUGAUUUUAUAACGUUUAUAAUGUGUGUAACUCCUCAGGUUUAUGACAGCUGACUUAGAGGUCAGAGUAUGCAUAUUAUGCAGCAUAAAACCUUUAUCACCAAGCCUCACGUAAUAUUUUCUUCACUGUUAAUUAGUGAAUGUGGAAAUCACUGGUUUACUGCACCCAAAGGUCAUGAGCUCAUAUUAAGUGUUUAACUUUAUCAUGUGAUAUGCAUUUCAGGCAGGGUAAUUAUUUCAGGCAGGUUUCAAUGUCCUUCAAAGUCACAUUUGCAUGAAGAAACUACCUAGAACAUAUAGAGACAGGUGUUAAGUAUAUUUUCUAUUCAAAAUAAGUUCUGAAACUAUUUUUUACAGUUUCACAGAGAGUAGCUACCCCUCAAGUGAAAGUUUAAUGAAACUAAAGCGUUAUACAUAGGUGUGCCUGCUUUACUAAGCCGAAACUUAAACUUUCUCGCUGUAUGGUCAAAGAGUAUGAUCAUCCUUGCAGUUUAUAAUCUAUAUAGUAUAUCGUUUAAACCAUUGAGAACGGUUCAUAAAGCGGAAUCUUUUGAAAUUAUUUGCCUACACACCCGGAGCGUUUACAAACGAACACCGAUUUCCGGUCAGUUGAAAUUUCUAUUUUGACAGCAAGACGGGAUAGUGGUUUUACAGGGAAGUGUGUUUCCUUUCAGACAGAGAUGUCCAUGCUGUUUCCCUCGCUGUUUCCCCGGUUGACAGAGUCUCUGUGGUUCAACCUGGACCGGCCGUGUGUGGAUGAGACAGAGUUACACCAACAGGAGCAGCAGCACCAGACCUGGUUACAAAGCAUCGCAGAGAAGGACAAUAACCUGAUGCCUAUUGGGAAGCCAAUCUUCGAGCAGACAUUUGACGAGGAGGAAGAGGAGGAGGAUGAGGAUGAGGAAGAUAGUGAAGAAGACUCUGAGGAUGAAGAGGACAUGCAGGACAUAGAUGAGAUGAACGACUACAACGAGUCACCGGAUGACGGCGAGGUCAACGAGGUGGACAUGGAGGGAGCAGACCAAGACCAAGACCAGUGGAUGAUCUAGACCAGAGUAAUCCUCGCUACUCUCUGAUUUCCCCUUAGUAGCUCUCCAGCAGGAUAGGUGCUCAUCUACUCUUCCUGACAGUGUGUCUUGGCUGGUGAACUUUCCCUGCUGUUCACACCCACCAUGGGACACGACAGGGUGAGCUGUGUGAUGGUUUACUGCAUGGAGAAAGUGCGUGUUCUCUCAUUCAGUGUUCUACAGUUGCAAUGUGUGAAGACUGAACUGUAAAAGUUUCUUCAGAUAAGUGGUUUUGCAACAUUAGGAAACAGAAAGCGGCCUCCACCUCAACCCCCCCUCUGCCAGUUCUGUCCUCCCCAUCAGGUCGAGACAGUCAGACCCCUUGUUUAGACUACACACACAUUUAACUCAAGGACAUUGAGUGCGAACUCACUCCCCUCUCUGGUGCUCGUUAUUCUGUUGGAGUGUGUACUUUGACACCCCCCCCAGCCGCCAGUCAUGUGUCAUAUCUGAAUGGGCGCUCUUAAAACCGCUGAAUGGGCAUAAACCACAGCCUGUACACUGCACUUGAGUAGUGUGUGUGUGUGUGUGUGUGUGGCCAACAGAAACCUGGAGAGUAAGAACACGUGCUAUAGCAUGUCAGUAUUCAACAAGUUGUAAAAAGGAACUUAACAGAAGCUCAGUUGUAUGUAAAGUAAAUAACUUUAAUUGGUCAAGUUUCUUAUGUAAAUAAAGAAAAACAAUGUACAGAGAA